CUCGCUACACCAAAGUCCAUACAGUCUCGGGCUCACGGCGCUCUAUCGGUUACUCAAACUUGCACAAUAAAAGGGCAUAAAUCCACGCUCACACCAUUGCCCACCUCAAGCUCUCUACCGCUCAAUUUGUCUGGGAUGCAUCCACACGCCCCUCUCCUCGUCAUUCUGCUGCUCUUCUCCCGUCUUAUCCUUGCUCAAGAACCUCCACUCCCACAGGCCGGAUCACCCCUGCCCCUCCCCAACCCCCUCCCAAACCCCAUUCCAGAUCUCCCCAUCCCACUCUCCGAACUCCCAACAAUGGACAUACAGUACACCACCUUCUCCCGCACCACCUGCAUGAGCAACGGCAGCCCCGUUUACACCUCUAAGCCCGGCGAGUGCAUCAAGCUGCACGACGCCGACCACGGCAUUAGGGUCUACCCGACUGCAUUCCAUGGGCAGUGUAAAUGCGAGACUGGCGGGAUGGAUGUGUUCCAAUAUGUUCAGGGUUGUAGCGGAAAAUCUGCAAACGCAGCUCAUGAGGCGUCUCCAGGACUAAAGCUCGCUGCCGUAGAUGCGUCAAAAGCAGAUCUUAUAUUUCAACGAUACAAGUGCUACCACCGCCCGUUCCCUCGCGUUCCCUCGACUGAAUGUCUCGUGACAUAG